AACAUUUUAAUCUUCAGUUAUUAUUUCCUCAUUUUAAAUUAUAUUCGAAGUCUCUAGUUCUUGUUAUAGUUAAUUCUAUACUCAUUGGUUCAAUUCAUUUUUCAAGUUCAAAAGAGUUAACAGUUGUGUGUGUAUAUAUACUUAACAGUUGUGUGUGUAUAUAUACUUUAAAAGAUUGUAACAGUCACUUUUUAUAGAUAGAUAGAUUAAAUUUGCACCUUUGUUUUAGAGUCUUGCAUAUAUAAUAUCAAGAAUGAGUACUAGCAGUUGCAUUGGAAUCUCAACUGUGAAACCCUGUUGUAGAAUCCUAAUUGGGUAUAAAAAUUCUUCCCUUUUUGGGUUUUCUCCACCUAAGUUAAGUAAUCAAGUCAUCAAUAACAAUUUGUCGAAAUCACAAUCCAAAUCACCACAUCACCGUAGAUUCCAUUGUUACAGUGUCAAUAAUAGAUCACGGAUUAUAGGUAAUAACAAGUGUAUUGUUAAUCCGAAUCGAAGAACUUUUAAUAUCUCUGAUUCGUGUUGGAGUCAAUCUAAGGUUCUUACAUCUAGUUUACAUGUAAAUAUUGGUACUCUAAGGGGUCUUUUAGUAAUUCCCAAGGUAUCUUCAGAUAUUAGGAAUCAUUCAACAUCAGUUGAGUCUCAUAUUAAUGAGAAGGGAUUUGAGAACAUUUACAUUCAAGGUGGCUUGAAUGUUAAGCCUUUGGUGAUUGAAAAAAUUGAAACAGGAAAUAAUGUAGUUAAAGAAGAAGAUCAGUGUAGUAAGGUAGAGAUAAAUGGGACACACGUGAACUUAGAUUAUUUCAAGGGCUUGAAUGAGAUAGCUCCUAAGGUUGAGAGGGAACGGUCUGAGAUUGAAAAGGAGGCAUGGAAGUUGCUAGAAGGUGCUAUUGUGAAUUACUGUGGGAAUCCAGUGGGGACGGUAGCUGCUAAUGAUCCUGCUGAUAAGCAACCGCUGAAUUACGAUCAAGUAUUUAUUCGUGAUUUUGUUCCAUCUGCACUUGCUUUUCUGCUUAACGGAGAAGCAGACAUUGUGAAGAACUUUCUCCUGUAUACAUUGCAGUUACAGAGUUGGGAGAAGACAGUGGACUGCUACAGUCCUGGGCAAGGAUUGAUGCCAGCAAGUUUUAAAGUCAGAGGUGUGCCCCUUGAUGGAAGUGAUGGAGCAUUUGAAGAAGUUUUGGAUCCUGAUUUUGGUGAAUCAGCCAUUGGACGUGUAGCCCCAGUGGAUUCUGGGUUGUGGUGGAUAAUAUUGCUGCGAGCAUACGGAAAGAUCACAGGCGACUAUACAUUGCAGGAGAGAAUUGAUGUUCAGACAGGCAUAAGGCUCAUACUUAAUCUGUGUUUAUCAGAUGGAUUUGACAUGUUUCCUACUCUGUUAGUCACCGAUGGCUCCUGCAUGAUAGAUAGACGGAUGGGUAUUCAUGGACAUCCUCUAGAAAUCCAAGCCUUGUUCUAUUCCGCUCUCCGGUGUGCCCGCGAGAUGCUCAUUGUCAACGAUGGAACCAAGAAUUUGGUAGCUGCUAUCAAUAGUCGACUCAGUGCACUUUCAUUUCAUAUCAGAGAGUACUAUUGGGUGGAUAUGAUGAAAAUUAAUGAGAUCUACCGUUACAAAACAGAGGAAUACUCGUCAAAUGCCGUCAACAAAUUUAAUAUAUAUCCAGAUCAAAUUCCUUCAUGGCUAGUGGAUUGGAUUCCUGAAGAAGGUGGCUAUCUCAUUGGCAAUCUACAACCUGCUCAUAUGGAUUUUAGGUUUUUCACACUUGGGAAUCUUUGGGCCAUUGUCUCCUCUUUGGGAACCCAAAAACAGAAUGAAGGUAUCCUGAAUUUGAUUGAGGCCAAAUGGGAUGAUCUUGUAGCUCAUAUGCCUCUUAAGAUUUCCUACCCUGCUCUGGAUUCUGAAGAAUGGCGUAUUAUUACUGGAAGUGAUCCAAAAAAUACCCCAUGGUCCUAUCACAAUGGAGGAUCCUGGCCAACCCUUCUAUGGCAGUUCACAUUGGCUUGUAUAAAGAUGGGGAAACCUGGAUUAGCAGAAAAGGCGAUUGCUUUGGCUGAGAAGAGGUUAUCAGUGGAUCAGUGGCCUGAAUACUAUGACACACGCAGUGGAAGGUUUAUAGGCAAACAAUCCCGGCUCUGUCAGACAUGGACAGUUGCCGGUUACCUAACAUCAAAGAUGCUUUUGGAGAACCCAGAGAAGGCAUCAUUGUUAUUCUGGGACGAGGAUUAUGAUCUCCUCGAGACUUGUGUCUGCGCACUUAGUAAAACCAGUCGAAAGAAGUGUUCCCGGUUCGCUGCAAGAUCUCAGAAUCAUGCCUAACUAGUAAAAUUUUCUUUGGAGCCAAACACCUGCUUAACAAUCUAAUGACUUUGAUGGUAAAACAAGGAAAACGAAUAAGAGCAUUCCCAAUUCCAGAUAAUUAUUCAGAGAUGACUUCAUUUGAAUUUGAUAUGAGAACAUAAUCCUGUCCAGGUUUAGGCAUAUUUAUGAACUGUUACUUCUAACAGCAUGAUUCAUUAGAAGUACAUACGUUUUCCAUUUCAUGGAAGUACAAUACCUUUCUUCAUAUAGAUGGUUCUGUUUCUAGAGAGCCUCUAACAUGCUUGUAUCAAUGAUUAAAUAUGAAGCUGCUCGUCCAUUUUCCAGGAUUUCAAGA